AAACGUUGUACUAGAAACAACGUGUGCAGUUCUUUUCGUUCCGAUAUAAGUUUCAUUUUCGCCCUGAUAGACAGUGACACGUCUUUACUAUCUGCUUUUUCUAUUACAUUACAUGUUGACGUUAUCUGGCUUUUUAGCAAUUCGUAUUGUUCUAUGCUAACGGAAAACUAUCAGUCUAAGUUCGCCCACAGCAAUGGAAGACACGGCUGUGGACCUAAUUACCCUGCAGAUGCUGCAAGCGGCUCAGGCGACAGUGAGAGCGAGUCCGUUAGGAGUAAUAAACACGCCAAUGAUCCCCGGGAGUCAAACUACAUUGCCACUGAACACCGCAUGCGAUAUCCAUAUCAAAAUGGAAAACCUGCAAAGGACUGGCUCUUUUAAGAUAAGAGGAGUAGCCAAUCAGUUUGCAAGGAGACCUGCAGGGGGCCGCUUUGUCACCAUGUCCGCAGGGAACUAUGGGAAGUCAUUUGCAUAUGCGACGAAACACUAUGGAACUCAGGGCAAAGUCGUGAUGCCAGAAACGGCCCCUCCAUCGAGGUCCGUGCUGAUACAGAGUUUUGGGGUCGAGGUUGAGCGCGUGCCAACGUCCCGCCUGGUGGAGGUGGUGAACCGGUGUGUUCGGCAGGAGAACAUGACGUUCCUGCACCCCCACGAUGACGUCGACCUGAUCGCUGGCCACGCGAGCGUUGGCCUUGAGAUCUUGGAGGCGGUGCCGAACCCGGACGUGGUGGUGGUCUGCUGCGGGGGAGGGGGUCUACUGGCGGGGGUCGCUGCUGCCGUCAAACUCUCCGGCUGCGAGAACGCGCGGGUCUACGGGGUGGAGCCCACGGGGGCUUGCACCAUGUUCAGGAGCUUCGCCGAGGGGCGGCCCGUCGAGAUGGACGCCAAGAGCAUCGCCGCCGGACUGGCCCCGCCCUCCGCAGGUAACCGCCGCGCUGGCCCCGCCCUCCGCAGGUCGCCUGCCGUACGCCCUGUGCCGGCGGUACGUAGAGGAGAUCGUGCUGGUCAGCGACGAGGAGAUCGAAUCCGCCGUGUCCACGCUGUACCGCUCCGGCUUCCUGGUGGAACCCUCCGGAGCCGCGGCCUUCGCCGCCGUCGCCAACGACAGGAUCCCCGACAUCGCCGGGAAGACCGUGGUGCUCAUCCUGAGCGGCGGAAACAUCGGCAAGGACGAGCUGGCCCACUUCCCCGACUGAGUCAGCGUCCCCGCAAACCACCUAACACUGAAGUCCCCGCAAACAACCUAACACUACAGUCCCUGCAAACCCUCUAACACCAAAAUCCCCGCAAACUAUCUAACACUGAAGUCCCCAAAAACCAUCUAACACCGCAGUCCCCACAAACCCUCUAACACUGAAGUCCCCACAAACCAUCCAACACCGCAGUCCCCACAAACCCUCUAACACUGAAGUCCCCACAAACCAUCUAACACUGCAGUCCCCACAAACCCUCUAACACUGAAGUGGCAGAACGAUGACAGUCGAAUUUGGAUAAUUUCUCUGUCGACAGGGAAGCAGGAUUCUUGAUUUGCGGAACAUUAUCAAGCACACACAGAAGCACAUUUUCUUCCAACCACUAUGUUGGGGGGG